CACUCAUGUACAGUAGGUGGAGGUACGCAACUCAACGUUGCUUACGAUCCGACAAAAUAGAAAAGAACAAGAAAGAUGAAGAGGGAAAACUGAGGGCGGAUUCAAAUGUAUGGCUGCGGUUCCCUCGCUGACUUCCUGGUUCGAUUCGGUUGAUUCGUCUAAAGAACGGGUCCUUAAAGGCAUCCAAAAGGUCCUGUUGCAUAUCUGGGAACAUAAACACGGCAAACAAAAGUAUCAGCUGAUAUGUUCCGUGUCGGAACUCACGGACUCCUGUGGCUGGCGGCUCUCCGCCUGAUUCCGACCUGUGUGUUCUGCUCUACCGCGGAAAAACCGGAUGUUCCCAGUAUUGCCACUUACUUCGGAACUAAGACCCGCUAUGAGGAGGUGAAACCGAACCUACUCCGAGACCCUUUAACUGUGAACACCUCAGUCCUCAGACCCCCGCCAGGUGAGUUUUGCACUCCAUUCCACGUUACCGCCGUCAUUAGACACGGCAGCCGGUUUCCAACCGUCAAGAACAUCCGUAGAAUUCACCGACUGAGCGAGCUGCUCCAGAACGAAGCUUCCAGAACCUCACAGAGCUCCACGCUCUGGCUGGAGGAGCUCCGGAACCGCUGGGAACCCUGGUACACCGAGGACAUGGACGGUCGGCUGGUGAGGAAGGGCAGGGAAGAUCUCCAGUUCCUGGCCCAGCGGCUGGCCACUUUGUUACCAUCUCUGCUGUCUGAAGAAAACGUGAGGAAGAGGAGAAUCCACUUUGUGACCAGCUCUAAGCAUCGCUGUGUGAGCAGCGUGAAGGCAUUCCAGGAGGGUCUGCAGCAACACUGGGGUUGCCAUGACAGUGCUCAAGGAUACAACCAUGAGGUGGAUGAUGAACUUAUGCGCUUCUUUGAGCGUUGCCGUGGUUAUGUGGAAGGCGUGGAGAACAACCACACUGCACUGCUGGAAGUUGAGAAGUUCAAACAUGGCGAGGAAAUGCAGGCAGUGAGGAGGAGGUUGGCUGAGAAACUCGGCCUUUCUCUUCACCUACUCACCCCAGACUUAGUGGAAGCAGCAUUUUUCAUCUGUUCCUACGAACUGUCCAUCAAAUCCAUCCACUCGCCGUGGUGCUUACUGUUUGAUGAGAGUGAUGCAAAGGUGUUGGAGUACGGUUUUGAUCUGAAGCAAUUCUGGAAGCGCUCUCAUGGUCACUUAAUAAGCAGUCUGUCCAGCUGUCCACUCUUCCAUCACAUCUUCAGGACCCUAGAUAAAGCUGGUCGUCCUCGCAGAUCCACCGAGGCAGGUCCAGAACCAGCCUCUGUCUUAGUGGGACAUGCUGAGACGCUCCUCCCCCUCAUUUCCCUACUUGGACUGUAUAAAGACCAGACUCUGCCCACUGCUAGCAACUACCACUCACAGCAUGGAAGAAGUUUCCGGACCAGUCGCAUCGUUCCAUACGCUGCCAACCUGCUCUUCGUUCUCUAUGACUGUCAACGUGGCCCCCGACUACAGCUGCUCAUUAAUGAGACUCCACUACACUUUCCAAACUUUCAGACUGAGGAUGCACCACUCUAUAGGGAUGUUCGUGCAGCAUACCGCAAUCUGCUAGAUGGCUGUGACUUCAACAAAGAGUGUUCUACUUUGGCAGCUCCGCUUUACUCCAAAGUAAUCACGUCCCCACAGACCUGGCUUGUCUGGAGCAGGGAGACACUCCAUGGAGGGGACGGGGUAUUGAGCCCCAUCUGAAAGAGUUAUUAAUAAAGAUUUUAAAAUAUA